GGGAGGGGCGGCGUGGCGCGGGACGGGCCUAGGGCGCGAGCGCCGGGACAGGCCGUGCGACCGACCGACGUCCCUCCCUCCCGCUCCCUCCUUCCCUCCUUCUCGGAGCCUGGCGGUAGGGGCGGGGGCGGUUGUCAGCGAGGGCCGCCCGGUUCCCGUGGCAACGCGGGGCGCGGCGGCGCAGGCGGCCGGGCGGCGGCCAUGGGCAGCUGGGCCGCGGCGACAUGGCGGCUUGGUGGCUGCAGCGGGCGCGGCGGCCUCCGCGACGUACCGCGGCGGUGGGGCAGCUCCCGCAUCGGCGGUGGGGACCAGGCGGCGACCCUGAGCGACUUGUUGCAGAGUUCGGUGGAGGCCGAGGAGCAGGGCGCGGCGGCGGCGAUGGGGGAGCGACCGUCUCCCCAGGAGGGCACGGUGCUGCUCUUCCCCGGGCAGGGCAGCCAGUUCGUGGGGAUGGGCCGCGGGCUGCUGCGGUACCCCGGCGUGCGGGACAUGUACCGCCUGGCCGAGAAGGUGCUGGGUUACGACCUGCUCUCCCUCUGCCUGGAGGGGCCGCGGGACGAGCUGGACCGCACCCAGCACUGCCAGCCCGCCGUAUUCGUCGCCUCCCUGGCCGCCGUGGAGAAGCUCAACCACCAGCAGCCUAAAGUGGUGGAGAGGUGCGUGGCGGCGGCGGGGUACAGCGUGGGAGAGUUCGCGGCGCUGGUCUUCGCUGGAGCCCUGGGUUUUGCCGAAGCGCUGUACGCGGUGAAAGUGCGCGCCGAAGCCAUGCAAAAGGCGUCGGAGGCCGUCCCCAGCGGAAUGCUGUCGGUUAUCGGUCGGCGAGAGGCAAAUUACAAAUUUGCCUGCUUGGAAGCCCGUAAACACUGUGAAUCCCUGGGUAUAGAAAACCCCGUGUGUCAGAUUGCAAACUAUUUGUUUCCAGACAGCAGAGUCAUUGCAGGACACUUACAGGCCUUGGAAUUUUUGCAGGAGAAUGCCAGAAAAUAUUAUUUUACGCGUGCAAAAAUGCUUCCAGUCAGUGGGGCUUUCCAUACCAGACUUAUGGAACCAGCAGUAGAGCCAUUGGCUGAAGUCCUAAAAUCGAUUGAGAUUCAGAAACCACUGGUCUGUGUCUAUUCCAAUGUUGAUGGCAAAAAGUACAUGCACUCAAAGCACAUUCAGAAGCUGUUAGUGAAGCAGGUGGUUUCACCUGUGCUGUGGGAACAGACCAUGCAUUCUGUGUAUGCAAGAAGGCAAGGAACAGAAUUUCCUUACACAUACGAAGUGGGGCCCGGGAAGCAACUAGGAGCUGUUCUCAAAAAGUGUAAUUUAAAGGCCUGGAAACAAUAUACCCAUGUAGAUACUUUGGAAGAUGAGGAAACAAGAGAUGCCUGAGCAGCCUUUUGAGGAAAAUCCAUGCAACUUGUUCUUUUUCUGUCUUAAAGAGUGCUCCCAAAAGAGGGAGCCUUAAACACUUGUGGCGUUUUGUGAUGAGAAGAGCACUGUGUGAGUAAUCUCAAUGAACUUUUUCCUUCCUUGUGCGCUUCAGGUGUGGAGGGGGAGAGGAAAGUUUGGCUUCCCUGUCUGUUGGGACUGCAAAGACUGCCAAUAAACAUGCCAAAUCCCCACGUGUUUGGCCUCAAUCCUGCAAACAACUUUCCCUCCCUU